UAUAAAUAUCUAGUGGACGACACAGAUAAGAGACGGAGAGGGAGAGGGAGAUGGCGGGGUCCAGAGCUGGUCUUGCGUUGAUUACUCUUCCGAAUCUCUCCAUCAACCAUCAAUCUCUUCCUUCCUCUUCUUCUUCAUUUCCCCCUCUCUUUCUUCUUUCACAAUCUUCUUCUACUUGUUCUCUAUUUGCUGCUUCCCAUUGCAGUCUAUCUGCUUCUCACUCUCGUAGGUUUCAGUUUCAGUACGCGUCCCCUUCUCAGAGAAACCGCCCAUCUUCUCUUUCUUACUUUAGACAUCAUCAGCAGCAGCUUUGUAAGGCAGCCGAGUACGUGUUUCCAGACCCCAUUCCUGAAUUUGCAGAAGCUGAAACUGAAAAGUUUAAGACCCAUCUCCUCAAGAAACUUUCGAAGAAAGAUAUUUAUGGGGAUUCUAUUGAAGAAGUUGUAGGCAUCUGCACAGAGAUCUUCAGUACCUUCUUACACACGGAGUACGGAGGUCCGGGGACUCUCUUGGUCAUCCCAUUCAUUGACAUGGCUGAUACUUUGAAUGAAAGGGGUCUACCUGGGGGCCCACAAGCUGCACGUGCCGCAGUUGUGUGGGCUCAAAAUCACGUCGACAAGGACUGGAAUGAAUGGACAGGAAACACAGAUGAUGAUGCCCAAUAGAAGCGUAUUUUUACCAGAUCAUUCCCCUGAUUCUUCAGGUUCUAUCAGCUGUGAUAUGGUGACAGGGACAUGAUCCAUGAUUUCAAAACUGGGAGUUUUUGAUGGGUGCCAAACAUGAUUUGGAUUGAAAAUCUAGAUUUCAAUUCCUAACUGCCAAAAAUCCAUGCCCCCAAGAAUCUUAUUUCUGAUAUCGUUAGCAUGUUCAAAAGUCUCCUCACAAUGAGUGGCGCGCCUUCCUGCCGGCAAAGGUAUUUGAAAGAAAAAGUGAGUAGCAUUUUGGUGGGCCUCCAGUGUCCAGGACCUGUGGUAUGAAAGGCCAUUUGCUUUUACUUGCAAAUAUUCAAUGUUUGGUUGCUUUGGAGGAAAGGAAAGUAGUUUCUUCCAUGGAAAAUAGACUGCGUCAUCGUCAAUAACGUGUUAUCAUUCGCCUUUUCAUUCCCUGGUUUUGGUCUUCUUUUUGGAUUCUACAACUUGGACUUUCUCCCAUCUUGUUGACCCACUUUCUAUUCUAGAUGCAUCAUGUUCUUGUA